AUGCUGCCAAAUCAUUCAGAUGAGGAUUUUCGGCAGUCUUCUUUCUUUAAAACAUGGCCUCAGCUACCAUCACCAGAAGACAUCCGUGCCCAGGCUCGUGCUCAAUAUUUAGCUGGAUCUAGCCUUGACAAGCGAAAAGUUUUUGAAGACACAGACCCACAGUGGAAUCCAUCACCUAAUGCAUUUGCAUCAAUGGGUUUUUUUGUCAAGUGGGGCUCCAACAUUACAAUUGCUGAAGGUUAA